AACAUGCAAACCCGUCGCACAAUUCAUAAAUCGUUCUAUGCCAAUGUCCGUUGCGCCGCAAAGUAUUUGCAUACAUUUAUGUUCAAGCCAGACCACUUUCCCCUCUCCCCGCAGCCCCCGCCUCCCGAAUUCUCGUCACAUCCACCGGUACCACUGUGCCCCGACUACCAUCGCCGAUAGUUCCGGACGGGGGACUCGAUCGCCGUCGCGAUGCCUGAGCAGCCGACUGCCGAGCAAUGGGAGAGGCAUAGGCCCCUCAUUACCAAGUUAUAUACCACCAAAACACUCAAGCAUAUCAAAGAUGAGCUGUAUAACAGACAUGGGUUCUAUGCGACAGAUCGCAUGUACAAGGGACGGUUCAAGACUUGGGGUAUCGGGAAAAACAAGAAGCGCAAGCCCUUUGAGGCAUCACUGUCCGGAGACAUUGACCUAGGGUCGAACCUUGCUGCCGCACCUCGCAGCGAUAUCUCAAGCCCUACCCCUCCAUUUGAAGUAAACAUGGAGGAAGUUGGCAUGACCCCUGACAUGCUCUGCAAAGAGAUCGUGACAUUUGCGACAUCGAUACUCUCGAAACUUGUCCCAGGGCGGUCGCCGACUGUGGCAUGGGACGACUGUACUCCGACGGACGACCACCUCGCGAUUUACCGCACGCUUCAGAAGGAACUCAAGCAUGAAAGUCACCUGAGAGGUUGCCUUGUGAACAACCCAUCAGUAGCAGUCAAAUCGCAAAUGAACGACCAUGUCAACGAGCUGUUGAAGUCAUUUCACCCUGCGGUACCGAUUGGGAUUCUAAGCUCAUUCAACCAGUCAUCGGAUACUGUAGCCAUUCACGAAUUGGCGCGCUGCUUGGUGGAAUCUUCAAUGAUCAUCUUACCACGAGAUCACGAAUUUUCCAGAUUAGCGCGGAGAGUAUUACAGCUCCUCACAGACACUCUAUUCUCGGAUUUCAAAGCCCACAUGGAACGCAUUUGCGAUGAUCUCCAAGCGAACGUGCUCAAAGUCCUGGGUAGAUGGAGUUUAGUAAUGAUUUACCUGAUUUUCUUGCUCAACGCUAAAAAGGCAAAAAAUGAACAACAGACGGAUCCCAAGAUCUUGAAUAUGGCCUUGGAGCGAUAUACACACGUACAGUGCUCUUACUCAGACGAUCCAAAGCUUAUUGUUCAAUUCGGCCACUUCAUCCUAGGCUACUGCGUCCUCGUUGCAUCUGAAGCAGAACUAGCGACCAGUGUGCGGGAUAUGGCAGAACAAUGCUACGACCGCGCCGAGGCGUACCUAUUGGAGCGGGAAUCUUCGCCAAAUUCCAGAUAUGCAGAUAUCCAAGAUGCAAAAUCACAUUUUGGAAAGGCGUGUGCCGUCCUGGCGGACUGUCGCUAUGCACAGGCCACGCAGCAAGCGGAUAAGAUGCUUCGUGAUGAGAUCCACGACUCGUCGCGGAGACUUCUGCUAAUGUCAAUAGGGUGUCACGUCGAUACGGACAUGGCGACUAUGGCACAGUUUGAGCGACAGAAGAGGAAGCUUGAGGGUUGGUGCAGAGAUGCAGAGGAUUCGGAGAGGCAGAAGCAACUGGAUUGUAUCCGUGACCUCAUCCUCGGAAACGAGCAACGGCCAAAGGAUGGGCCUCUUCUUCCGAGGUUGAAGGUAUUGGCUGGUAAUUGAUUUUUGGAGAAGAGAUGGAGAGAAGUCCAUGACUUACAGCCGCAAAACUAGUGGGAAACUGGUGUAAGGCGAAAAUCUUGGUUGAGGCAAGUCCGAAUUACGAUGGACCCAAAAAAAAAAAAAAAAAAAAAAGAGAAGGAAAAUUGUCAUUGUGGGAACUCGAUGAUGCAUAGUUGUGUAAGGCAGAUUGUGUUUUUGAUGAGGCGUCAAUGGGCUGGGGUAGGGUAGUCGAAAAUUUACAAAUGGCUUGGUCCCCUGUUUAGCUCGAGUAAUCAGUCGCAUAUUUGCGGAUA